CUAACCCUAACUGUAACUCCCGAAUGUCAAAAACUUAUUGGUUUUCGACAUACCGGAUGUCAUAAAUUUUUGUCAAAACUCAAACUCAAAUAGAAAAUUAACAACUAUUUUCGGUUCUCGAAUUCAAAUUGCAUUUUGAAACUGAGCUGGGAUUUUAUAAUUUUAAAUAACAUAGUUUCACAUAUUUGAUUUCUUCUUAUCUACCUAUAUUGGAAUAAUAGUUUUAAGAAUGUCAAACUUAGAAAAGGAAGUUCGAGAUUUACGUGAGCAGAACCAUGAAUUGGUCCAGGCAGUGCAGAAUUGGAAGAUGGUUGCUGGAGAAAAAGAAAAGCAUAUAUUAAAGCUAACAAAAGAGACUAAUGACUUAAGGAUUCAAAUAAGCAUACUAAGGAAUAAAGGUAGUGCCUGUGCACGAAAACUAGAAACUGCUUUGCAAAUAAUUAGCGAAACAGCAUUAACGCAUCUAGUGCAAGGAUCGAAUGCUGUUGCAAGUAUAAUGGAGCUAAUGAAAAACUAUAUGAUAGAGAGAGAAGAAAUAGAAAUCUCUUCACGCCAGUCUCUAAUUGACACCACUCCAAAUACUGAGAGAGUGCAAAGAGUUCCUCCUUUAAUGCUGGGAGGAAAAUCUAUACAGCCUGUAGUAUCAUUAAGUCGUGCAAUGUUACCUAAUAAUAGUUUGACAGGAAGUCAAGGGUCAAAUGAAAAUCACAGUGGACAAGUUAGACCCUUGCCAAUGCGGGUAUUACAAGAAAUUUACAUACCGCUUACAAGGAUAGAUGCCGAUAUGACUCCUCCUGACAUAGAAAAUAAUCAUGACACUAGUGUGGAAGACAUGGGAUUAGAUGAAAGUGAUGAAUCUGAAGAAGAGGAUGGAGGAGGAGGAGGAGCAAACACACCAAGAGAUGAUAGAAGAGAAGAAUUAAGCAUUCUCCUAGAAGAAUCUGAAGAAAGCAGAACACCGUCAAUAGCUGAUCCAUUGGAAGGCCCUAGCCGAUUACUUGAACCUCCUAAUUUUAAUGGCCCUAGAGAUCAGUCUACGCGUGAAUUUUCGCCAACAAUGCGCCGGCGCAGACGCAUUUCAUCACCGAGUACUGUGGAAGCGUCGCCUAUUCUCAUGCCCCAUCAUGUUAUACCGAGAGCAGAUCCAUUGGAAGGCCCUAGCCGGUUACUUGACUCUCCCAAUUUUAAUGGCCCUAGAGAUCAGUCUACGCGUGAAUUUACGCCAACAAUGCGCCGGCGCAAACGCAUUUCAUCACCGAGUACUGUGGAAGCGUCGCCUAUUCUCAUGCCCCAUCAUGUUAUACCAAGAGCAGAUCCAUUGGAAGGCCCUAGCCGGUUACUUGACUCUCCCAAUUUUAAUGGCCCUAGAAAUCAGUCUACGCGUGAAUUUACGCCAACAAUGCGCCGGCGCAAACGCAUUUCCUCACCAAGUGCUGUGGAAGCGUCGCCUAUACUUAUACCCCGUCAUGUUAUACCGAGGCAUAAGACGCAUGGUCGCAUUCUAAAGGUUGUAGUCGCAAAAAUGAGGUUUGAUAACGACAAUGCAGGGUUGUCCCCUCUAAGGAAAGAGAAGAUGGAGGCAAGAAAGUCAGAUAAAAACGGAUCCUCACAGGACAUAGAGACGUGCGAAAAACCCAGCUCAUCUCCAGAUGAACCGCUCUCUCCGUGGCAAAAUACCAAUUCACCGCGAGAUAAAAGUGUCCCACCUUGGGAACGACCUGGCUCAUCUAAAGAUAAACACGUUUCGCCCUGGAAUAAUCCCGAGUCAUCCCGAGAUGGUUCACCCUGGAAUAAUAAUAAGCAAUCCGGAGAUGGUUCACCCUGGAAUAAUAAUAAGCAAUCCGGAGAUGGUUUACCCUGGAAUAAUAAUAAGCAAUCCCAAGAUGGGUCACCCUGGGAAAAACCUGGUCCAUCUCGAAAUGAAAGCAAUUCCCCUUUCGAGAAAGCCGGUUCAGCUUUACAAAAAGCAAACACAUCGCUAGAAAAUGAUUGCGUAAAUGAAGUUUCACCUCACUUGCCAUCGCAGGAAAGUGAAGAUGGAAAUUCACAUAAACCACUAUUGAAAUAUAGAUGUCAGAAAAGGACCGUGUCCCGAGAUAAUACAAGUUUUGGCGAAAGUAGCCCAUCGAACUUAAGAAUCCCCAUGAGGGUUAUGCAAGAUAGGCGGAAGCCAAAGACAAAAAAGGAUAUUUAUAGGUUUUCUACUGAUUCUCAAAACAGUGAAGAGUUUGAUGCGCCCAGCCCCAAUGGUUCGACGAACACUAGAGUCAUCGUACAAGAAGCUCGAGUAAAAAUGGACCUGGAAAGCCGCACUGCUGAGCGAAGUAAUACUAUGGAUAGUGUCAAUGACUCUAGUGAAGAUGUACCGAAGACAAGAACAAGGCGGGCGCGAAAACCUGUUGUCUAUAAGGAGAAUAUAAAAGGUAAACUUCGAAGGUGAUGCGAAGAUAUUUUACGGUUAGACUACUUUGUAAAUAUUAAUUAUCUAUUUAUAAUAUAAUUUGUUUAAUAAUCAACGUUUGUACUGAUCACUGUGAUAUAUUUAUUAUGAUGAAUUAUGUAAACGUCCUUAAUAUAUAGCUGUAGUGACUGAUUAACUCAGCUGGACAGCGUCAAGUGU